AUGAAGCUCUCCCUCCUCGCCACCGCUUGCGUCGCCCUCGCGCAGGCUUCAUUCGUCGCGGCGACCUACUUCACAUCUCCUCAAUCUGGUGAUACCAUCAGGUGAGAACAUUAUCACAAAGCUUGUGGGCAGUUGUGUCAAGCACGUUUCCGGGUGGUGUGCUCACUCCUCCCGCUCGCACCAUGUCGUCCCACUAGCAAUGCCGGGGGGCUCAAGGUGACAUGGAAGUACCAACCCGGAGGAGCACCGAAAGGAACCUUCAUCCUCGAGACGGUGCAAGCCUCGGCUCGACAAAACACUCAAGUCGUGAUCGCGAGCGAAGUCGAUCUCGUCAACACCGCGAGUGUGACGAUCCCGAAUGACCUCAACGCGCGCAAGUCGUCGACCAACACCUAUGUAAGUUCUGGAGCAAAUCAUCUGGGUAGAACGUGGAGACUGAUUGCUGCGCUGGGGAUGGGGUCCUUUUGCCGCUUUGCAGAGACUGCUCAUUGUCAACUCGGCGGACCUGUCGACAAUAUACACCCAAGCCGCUCCCCUGACGAUCAAAUCCUUCGGUUCCUCGAGCUCUGGAGACGCGUCGUCCACGACAAGUAGAGCUCGCACGGCAGCCAAGACGACGCAAGCCGUAGCGACUACGACGAGGAAAUCGAUCGCGCUGUCGACUACGACCGCGGCCGCCGUCGAGACAUCACCCCCUGCAGCAGCGUCGACCCCGUCCACGACAUCAACGACGACGACGACGACAGCAGCCACAACGAGCACGACCGAUGCGGUGGUGGUUGUUACCUCGUACGCGCCGAUCGUGACCGUCCUGGAAAGCUCGAGCUCCGCACCAGCCGCUAACGUCGUCACCGUCGUACUCACGACCAUGGCCCCCCAAUCCUCUUCCUCUUCCACUAGUACGGGCCCGACCACGGUCGUCGGGGCGUCGGCACAAUCGCAAGCUUCGUCGGCUAUGGCGAGCAAGGCUUUCGUCGGUGGAGCAAGCUUCGUCGCUAUCUUUGUUGCGACGAUCACCAUGCUGUGCUAG